AUGUUUUCCAGCAGCAAAAGCAAAUUGAGCCUCUCAGCGAACGAAUGGAAGAUAUCUAAUCCAGUAGAGCUGAAUCUAUCACCCCCUUUUCUUCCCGAAAUUCCUAGUGUCAACUCUGAAUGCGUCAAAUUCGAGAACAUUAUUCUUAAAUUCAUCUACAUCCCCGAUGCUUCAGCAUUACCGACUCUCUGGUACAAUGGAGAAUGCGAAAAAUGGGAAGAAUGGUCGACUCUUCAGGAGCAACAACGUCAAGUCUACACACUACUUGCUAACUCAAAGGCAAGUGGCACCCCUCGCGCUCAAGGAAGAAUGGCUCUACUCAAGCAGGAAUAUAGUGAAGCUCAACAAGAAGAUCAAGAUGCGAGCACAAUAGAGCCCUCGAGACUCCAUCGUAUCUGGGACACGAUUAGGCCAGACCAAUGCCUUGUUCUGCCCAAAUCCAAGCUAAGUCAAUCUAAGUCAACAAGCUAA